AUGACGAAAACGCGCCGUCUCCUUCAUGAGGAAAUCACAUUUUCUCUUGCGAAGGAGCGGGAGGUUAAUGUUCUUCAUCAACUAGAUUACCAUGACAAGCAGACACGCUUCUUCUCCCUUCUCAGCAGCAGACGUGCCUGGUCAGCGAAGCAGAAUGAUAUAAAGUUGCGGGAGAACCUCUUUCGAGACCUUUCGCGGAUCUUGCUGAGAAUCAGCCGAAUACCUCUGCCACGAAUCGGCUCAUUCAUCAUAGACAGUGAUGGAUUCUUGUGUCUUAGCAAUCGCCCGCUUUCAAUCGAGAUCGAGAACCUGGAAAACGAGAAAAUACCCACCGACAUACCCUGUUGCUACACAUAUUCGACUGUUGACUCUUACGUGGCAGAUAUGCUAAGAGUUCAUGACAGCCGUCUCCGGCACCAACCCAACGCAGUGAACAAUCUACAGGACUGCGCCUAUCAGAUGUCCGCCCUAGCAGCAAUGAGAGCGACAGCCGUGUUGUUUUUCCGCGGAGAUUUUCGCCGGGGGCCGUUUGUUUUCACACUAACCGAUCUGCAUCAAAGCAAUAUUUUCGUCGAUGAGAAUUGGCAUAUCACAUGUCUUGUGGAUUUGGAAUGGGCUUGCUCUCGCCCAAUUGAAAUGGUUGAACCUCCUUACUGGCUAACAGAUAAAGGUGUAGACGAGAUUACCGCCACGGAGUACAAUCCGCUUCGCAGGGAAUUGAUGGCCAUCCUGGCAAACGAAGAGUCGAAACUACCCGGCUGCAUUGGCCCAGUAGAUGCUGACGCAAGGAUGCCACGAUUUCCUACGGGUCUCUUUCGGAUAUUCUCUGAGCAUAUCCAACCCUUGCUAUCCGAGCAUGGCUCGGAGGAGAUAGGCGAGGUUAUGCCCUUUUACUGGGUGAAAGAUGUGGGCAAGUUUGUCGCGAACAAAGUGUCUGAUAAGAAGAAGUAUGACCAAGAUCUGCAACUGGCUUUUGAGGACUCCCAACUUGAUGUACCAGUGGGAUGCAGCUCCUUAACUGCGAUGAAAACGUAG